ACAGUAUGAACACGCCCCCUUACCAUUGGAUUAUAAAACGGAGAAAGUGAGCAUUUGAUCUGCACAUUUGAUCUACAUACACUCAAGGAUCGAUGGUGAACGGACUGAUCAAAUCGUUUGUCAACACCAAGGACGCUGAGGGGCAGUAGACAAAACAUCCUCCUUCCUGUAGUAUGUGGAACGAGUUUUCCUGUGGUUCCUCCAGACCGUAAGUUGGCAUCGACAGUCGAAGAACCUCACCUUCCUGGAGAAAACAAUAUCGGUAUCUUGGAUGCAGAGCUAUCCAGUUCAACUAUAACACGGAGUUGCUACAUCUGACAUUCAACUGAUACAGACCCAAGAGGAAUCAGGGUUACAUACUCCCAGCAAACCACCUGACCAGACUCCAACCCUAUUGUCUACAAUGAGUACGGAUAUACCUCUUUUCAAUGAAGACUGUCUGAAGUUGGCUCAGCAGUUAGUCACCAAACAUCCUAUGUUAAAAUCCGGGUUUGAAGACAUCAACUCCUUAGUAAAUGCUCUCGAAGACGAUCCCGCUUUGGCGUCAAACGGAAAACGGAUUAGGGUGCUCGCACAUAAGGCAAUAGGACUUUCAUACUUGAACACGGAUGAGUCACACAGACGGAUAUUCGCAGAGUACCUGUCCUACACGCGUGCUGCAGAUGUUAUAUACAAGGCGUAUAGUUUGUAUCUUAAAGCCAGGAAACUUGAGUUCUUGACGGAUAAAGUAGCUCGAGCACAGCUGACGUCAGAGGGCAGCUACACAUUUGUCCGUGAUAUUAGGGGUUGUUGUGGAACUACACGGACGCCAGUGUCCAGUUCGGCGAGAGGGUUUGCAACAGUGGCCUCCUGCGAUAUUUUGUGGGGGACCUGGAGGCUGUUCUGAAGGAAGCUGGUAGCCCUGACAAAGUAUCCGUACGUGACAUCUAUUUCCAGUCUGCUACGGGUGUCCUCCACAACUGCACAUACAACCCCAUCACCCGCCAACCUAUCAGGGAACUGGGAACAGUUUCUGUAGCCAUGGGCUACCUCAAAGGUGAAGCCCCAGAAAUUAAAAUGAUUAUUCUUCUGCUGCUGGCGAGCAUAAUCGACGAGGAUGACAAUAAAGCUCUUCUAGCUGACAGUACCGUCUUUACCAUAAUUUUGAACAUGAUCUUGUACGCCUGGAGAGAUCAACGUCAUCGCUGCAACGGCUUCUCUGCGUCUGAGCUGAUAGCCGGGCUCACGGGACUGGCGAAGAAUGACGACAAUAAGAAGAUCCUCACAGAGAAGGGAGCGAUCAAUGUACUAAUGACUGUGAUGCAGGAAGGAUCGGAUGAUGAGCGAGAGAAGGCAGUUCAGUGUGUUUGGGAGCUUGCAUUCGACAAGGAUAAUCAACGUAUAUUCUUGGAAAACGCUGAACUGAUGGCGAUACUGAGAAAACUGAACGAGUCACAAAACAAUAAACUGUCCAAAGUUUCCGGGGGCGCACUUUGGGUCAUCACCCAGGAGGGGGAGAGAGAGAACCAAAAACUGAAGAAGAAGGAUGUUAUGAAGAAGGACAGAAAGGUGAAGGAUGCAGGUCACAUAAUGAUCAGUUAUCAGUGGGCGGAUCAGAAAAUGCUUAUCAAGGUGAAGGAGUUUUUGAAAGGCCAUAACUUUAAGGUGUGGAUGAACAUCGACAACAUGGAGGGGUCCAAGCUGCAGACGAUGGCGGAGGCCGUUGAGAACGCGUCUGUUGUGUUGGUGUGUAUGUCGGAGGGGUACAAGCUGAAUCAGAACUGCAGGUCAGAAGCUGAGUAUGCCUAUAGCCUUCAGAAGCCCAUAAUACCCCUCCUUCUACAGAGAGACUACAAGCCUGAUGGCUGGCUGGGGUUCAUAACAGCUACAAAACUCUACUUCAACUUCAGCGGAAAAUUCCCUUUCGAAAAGAAAGCUUCGGAGUUGGUGAAGGGACUUGGUGCUCGAGGCAACGCGGGAUCGUCAGCCGAUAGUAUUGACGGGGAGACAACAGCAGUUGUGAAGUCCCAACCGUCUGAUGCUGGUCGGGACGCGUAUGGUACAGCCAACUGGUCACAAAAAGAUGUCCAAACCUGGCUUUGUAACCUGAACUUGGAAAAACAUUCUUCGCUGAAAAGUCUCACGGGAAAGCAACUGAUGUUUCUUCACAAGAUGUCAAAAGAGGUCCCAGAAUUCUUCCACAAUUACAUCAAAACUGACCUGCAGUUGAACAAUCUGGAAGAUCUGAUGAACUUCAGUGAGGCUGUGGAGAAUUUGUAAGAGAUUAUUUUUUACUAUAUAUCAACUGAAAAUCUCCAGCCUGUCUCCAAGUGAUCUUCAUUCGUUCUAUGGCGCAACCUAACACACUUCGAGCAUCUGUGACUCGACCAGUUGAUAUAAUGCUGUACAUGAAGUCUGAACAUUCUUAUCAUAUCAGGACACUGGAUCUACUUUCAAGCGAAAGUCGGGGCGGUGGGUAGGCUA